UCGAGGCCCGAUUUGGCUGAACGCGUUGACGAGCUGCGCACGCGGUGAAAAAAAGUAAACGCAACUCCACCGCUUCAGUUCACUUUCGCGGGAGCGCGCUUUUUUGACAGUGACAGUUGUUUUUUUCUGUACAUUUCAGUGAUUUGUGAAAUGUGAUUGUUUAUGGUUUUGUGAUAGUUUUUUUUGUAGUUUUUUUAAUUUUCGUUCUCGUGAAUUUCGAAACUUCAAUUGAGAUACAAAACACGAAUGCGACUUCAAAGUGUUCUAAAGGUUUAAAGAAGAGAAGGCAGUAUGGGGUACAAGCAGUACUUAGCGGUGGGCCAGUCGGCGAGGAACCGGCUGUUUGGCCUCGCGCCACGCAUCUCCGGGGACAAACGCACUCUGCCGCUGAACAUGAUGAUAUCGCAACAAGGCAAAAUAAACCAUGGACGCCUGGCAGUGGUCAUGUUCAGCAUCUGCACCGUGGUCCUCGGGAUCAUCCUCUCCUUCGUGCCCUGGCUGGAUUACAUCAUAUUUAGAGAGCUCCGGUUAUGGAACGGAUCUCUGAGCUACAGUUACUGGCAGAAGCCGGGUGUGGUGAGGCUCACCAAGGUGUACAUCUUCAACGUUACCAACCCUCAUGCCUUCAUCGAGCACGGGGAGAAACCUAAACUCGCUGAAAUAGGACCUUUUGUGUAUAGAGAGGACAUGGAGAAGGUGAACAUAAAGUUCCACGACAACGAUACUGUGACCUUCCAGCACAAGAAGAUCCUUCGCUUCGUGCCUGAGAUGUCCGUCGAUAAGUCACAGAAACUACUCGUGCCCAACAUACCGCUGCUGACGGUAACAUCAUUCUCUCCGAACCUAGCUGGGUUCGUAUUUAACUUGCUGGUGACUGGACUGGCCAUCACGUAUAAAGAGCGGGCAAAGCCAUUCGUGCACGUCACCGCUGAGGAACUUGUUUUCGGAUACAAUGACCCCUUAGUGACUUUGGCGCACUAUUUCUAUCCAAGAGGCAAGCGGCCUAACAGUCAGAUGGGACUUCUCCUUGCCAGAAACGGCACACUGGAUGAGGUGUCAACAAUCUACUCAGGGGAACAGAUGGAUCGCUUCGGUUACUUGGACAAGGUGAACGGGCUGGACCACCUUCCUCAUUGGAAGGACAGACCCUGCAAUAAUAUUAGGGCAUCAGAAGGUUCAUUCUUUCCGCCGCGCGCUGUCACCAAGUCCGACCUGGUGUAUGUUUACGACAAGGAUCUGUGCAGGAUCCUGCCGCUGCAAUACAGGAAUGAUAUCUACAAAGAUGGUAUUAAAGCUGGGCUCUACACGCCGCCGAAUUCGACAUUAGAGUGCGCACGUCUCAACCCUGACAACCGAUGCUACUGCGAAGGCGAGGAGUGUCCACCUCGCGGUCUACAGAACAUCAGCCCUUGUCAAUACAAUGCGCCGGUUUAUUUGUCGUACCCGCACUUUUAUGACGCAGACCCGACGCUUCUCGAGCCGUUUGAAGGACUCAAGCCUGACAAGAAACGGCAUGAAACUUAUUUUUAUAUACAAGAUAAAAUUGGUGUACCCUUGGAAGGCUUCGUGCGAGUGCAGAUGAACCUGAAGGUGAACCGCGCGCCCAACAUCAAGGUCAAUAACAUUCACAAGUUCCCGGACAUGAUGUUUCCUGUUAUGUGGAUUGAAGAGGGUAUCCAUGAAGUGACACCUUCCAUCUGGCGUUGGAUCUUCCUCGCCACCACCGUGGGCCCCAUCGCAGCCCCACUCAUAUGCUACUCUAUGAUUUUCAUCGGUCUAACAAUAUUAAUAACAAUCUUCGUCAAAGCUUACAAGAACUUCGUCAUCGGACAAAACUCUAUAGAAAUAAUGGAAUUAGGCAAAGAAACUUUACGUAGGACUUCACUUUUACACGGAUCACAUAAACUACAUAAUAUGUACCAACCGUUAAAUCAAUCUUCAACACCAAAUGAGAGUUUACAGGAGUUAAAAUUCGUCACUAGACCAGAAUAUCUAAGUAGAAGUCUAGACGAAUUAAACAGAAGUGGAUUUGUGAAAUCAAACUUCUGUCUCGAGAGAGAAUCGUUAAUAGAUUCUGACAAUUCAUUCAUCUUGUCAGAACACAGAAGGUGUAGGGUCUUCAAGUUACCUGAUAGUUAUUUUAGUUAAAAUCUUUGAGUUAAUCUGUAGAAGGCCGUUUUCUGUUAUUUCUUAAAAACCAUUUCUUGAUCUAAACAAUUUUAUAAAUAGCUAGCGGUUAAUGUUUUUAACGCCAUCUAGGGAUAUAUGUACACACUGUUUUCUCAGCCAAUUAUUUUAAACAGCUGUUCCCGUGCGGCUUCAUCCGCAGGAAAUUAUAAAAACUUUCCUUUAUCGUUUACAUU